CUGCGCGCGUUGAUGACGUAGCGGCGCCCCUAGCGACCACGGUCACCAGGGAGCGGUCGCGCUGCUCGGCGGCAUGGACGCGACCACUGCCCCGCACCACAUCCCCCCGGAAAUGUCCCAGUACGGGGAGGAGAACCACAUCUUCGAGAUAAUGCAGAACAUGCUGGAGCAACUCCUGAUCCACCAGCCCAAGGACCCUAUCCUGUUCAUGAUCAAUCACUUACAACUAGACAACGAUAACGUGCCGAAGAUUGUAAUCUUGGGUCCACCCGCCUCGGGGAAAACAACUAUAGCCAUGUGGCUUUGCAAACAUCUGAACAGCAAUCUUCUCACUGUGGAGAACUUGAUAGCAAAAGAAUUUUCCUCUCUGGCUGCAGCUGCCAGGAAGCAUUAUCAGAUAAACAAGAGAGUGCCCAGCAUGCAGCUCGUCAGACUGAUUCAGGACCGCGUGAGUGAGGACGACUGCGUGAGGCGGGGCUGGAUUCUGGAUGGCAUCCCUGAAACUCGGGAGCAGGCUCUGAUGAUCCAGACCGUCGGGAUCACCCCCAGACAUGUCAUUGUGCUGAGUGCUCCAGAUACGGUCCUGAUUGAGAGAAACUUGGGGAAGAGAAUCGACCCUCAAACUGGAGAGAUUUAUCACACCACCUUUGACUGGCCCUCUGAAUCUGAAAUCCAGGACCGACUGAUAGUGCCGGUGGGCAUCUCAGAGCUGGAGACGGCUGGGAAAUUGCUGGAGUAUCACAGGAACAUUGUCAGGAUCUUCCCCUCGUACCCCAAAAUCCUGAAAGUCAUCAGUGCCGACCAGCCGUGUGUGGACGUCUUCUACCAGGCUCUGACCUACGUCCAAACCAACCAUCGAUCUAAUGCCCCAUUCACCCCGAGGGUGCUGCUUUGCGGGCCCAUGGGCAGUGGGAAAAGUCUGCAGGCUGCCCUCCUGGCCCAGAAAUACAGCCUCGUCAACGUCUGCUGUGGGCAGCUGCUGAAAGAGGCCGUGGCAGACAAGUCAAAAUUUGGCGAAGUUAUCCAGCCCUUUUUUGAAAAGGACAUGGCAGAAUAUAAACUUCAGGAGGGCGGGGCCCUUGGCUCCUUGCCGUGUAACGCAGUGCCUGGCACAGCACGGAUGCUCCUCCCCGACAGCCUCAUCAUGAAGGUGCUAAGUGAGCGCCUGAACCAGCAGGACUGCAUUCAGAAAGGGUGGGUGCUGCACGGCUUCCCGAGAGAUCUGGACCAGGCGCUCAUGAUGGACAGCCUGGGCUACAAGCCCAACAGGGUGUUCUUCCUGAAUGUGCCAUUCGAUUCUGUCCUUGAGCGGCUGACCCUGAGAAGAACCGAUCCCAUCACGGGAGAAAGGUACCACCUCAUGUACAAGCCACCCCCAACCACGGAAAUCCAGGACCGUCUCCUGCAGAACCCAAAGGAUGCCGAAGAGCAUGUUAAGUUCAAAAUGGACCUGUUCUACAGGAAUGCUGCAGAGCUGGAGGAGUUCUAUGGGCAGGCCCUCACUAUCAACGGGGACCAGGACCCCUACACGGUCUUCGAGUACAUAGAGAGCGGGAUCAUCAAUCCUCUGCCCCAGAAAGUCCCAUGAGGGCUCAGAGCCAGGAGCAUCCCCCAGGGAAACAAAGUCAACCCCCACCCCAACCUUCUGGAGCCUCAGCCAGGCCAAUAAAGAAUGCUGGGGCAGUCUCGUGUGUUCUGGAGGAGCGUACUUGCGUGAUGCCCCAUUGACAGGAGAGGACACUGAAGCUGCAGAGGGUGAUGAACGGUGAGGCCACCUGCUUUCCUGCUGUCGCCGUCGGGGUUGCAGAGGGCAUCCGGGCUCGUGGGCCCCAGGCGGGCUGGCCCGGCAGAAGGGCUCCACGUGAACGAAUGUCGCCGGCGCUCGCGCGCCGCCCCGGCAUCCUGGUUAGUGGCGCCGGUGUUGGUUGGGCUCCGGCGCCGCCGUCGCCUCGGGCACAGCGCGGGCUUCAUUGAGAUGCGCUCGGCGCGGUCGGGGCGCGCCCCUCGGGUGCACGGCGGCCGGGGCGCCCCGCCGGGGGUGGCCCUACACGCUGCUGCUGGUGUCGAUCGCUCCCCCGGAAACGACGAGCAACGGCCUUCAUCUCGCCCGCCACGCGCAGCCCCUCCCGCCGCUUCGCGCCGCAGAGCUCCCCGGCUCCGGGCUCGGAGGCUGCGGCGGGAGCCGGGCCCCUCGCAUCGCAGCCCGCAGCUCCGGCGCGCGGCCUAACUGGGCGGCCUGGCUGCGGUUCGUUAGCAUCCGCUUCCAGCCGCGGUGCGGUGGUCGGGGCCUUCCCGGUCCGGAGAGGCCCAGGCCUGUGGCUGGAGGGCAGACGUCGUGGUAAUUUCCGGAUCAGCUGCUGUGCUUGAAGUUGACCGAGGUCCGAUUAAUGGGAACGUGCAGGAGAACCAGCCGCUGCCGGUGUUGUCCUCGUUAGGGGAGCUCCUUGGUUCAUUUUCAACCCCUUUUAUCAUAAGAUGUCACGCAAACUCUUCCCCCUGCCUCGGCUCCCAGCGCUUCUCCCCGGCUCAUGCCUGCGUGUGUAUACCCUCUCCCUGCAACCCCCCCCUCGCCCCCCCCUCCCCGCCCCGCGGUGGGAAACCCAGACGAUGCUGCCCGCCCCCACCCCACAGCCUCCUCAGGUGCUUCUGCUGUGGGACCCACGCCUGGCUGCCGCUGAGGAGACCCGAGUUACACCUGCUGGUCACGCAGAGCUGGGCCCAUCGCUUCUCUCUCCCGGGAAUUUGGAAGAGAACUGAGGGCAGUGGAGAGGAUAUCUGGGGUCUGUCGGGCCCAGCUGGCAGCACAGCACAGCAACGAAGUCCAUCUGGAGAGAACAGAGAGCAGCAGGCACAGGCCACCUCAUCUCUCAACAAGUGUGUAUUGAAGGCCUCUGUGUGCCAACGCUGGGAAUAUAGCAGAGGAAAAAAAGGACAACAUUUCUGCCCUUAUGAAGCUUCUGUUUCACAGAGAUGAUGCCAGGAAGCUGGGAGAGACCAUGUGAUUUCUGAUGGUUGCUGAGACCCGUCUCUGCCCUAGGCUCCCAUGAGCACACUAACCCUCCCAGCAGGCUCCCUUGUUUUUGCCUAGGGUGUCAGACAGCGUUCACAGGCACCGUGGUGUGGGGAGGACCAGUCUACAGGUGUGCCCAGGCGCCACGGGAGCAGGCCAGUGGGAAUUUAAAUGAGACCAGGACUCAUGGGCGACCCCCAGGGGAAGGCAACUUGGGAGCUGAGUUUUGAGGCACAUAUGAGCGUUCAGAGGCAUGAAAAAAAGUGACCGUUGACCAUGGAACACGCUUCCAUUUAUAAAAAUAGAAAUAUAACUGUAUUAUAAAUAUUUUUAUUAUUAAAAUGUUACUUAUUAAAAAACUCAAACAAUACAACAGAGGCGCAUCACAUAGAAAGUGAAACUCCAGUCCUCGCCGCAAUAAAACCCUUGAUUGUCCUUCACUAGAGAUAGCCAGGGUUAAAAGUUUGGGGUGAAUGAAUGGAUGGAUGGAUGACGGCUGGAAAGAUGGGUGGGUGUGACACCAGUGGGAUUGUGUUGGACAUACCGCCCUGUAACCUUCUCUUUUUUUAUUGUGGUAGGAUCACUGAACAGGAGAUCCACCCUCUCAACAAAUUUUUCCCUGUGGGUACCGCAUUGUCAACUACAGGCUCGUCGUCGUUCCGCAGGUCUCUAGACUUUAUCCAUCUGCCUGAGUUCCUCCCUCCUCCCAACCUGGCACCCACCAUUCUGCUCCCUGCUUCUGUGAGUUUGGCUAUUUCAGAUACUUCAUAUUAGUGAAAUCAUGCAGUGUUUGUCCUUCUGUGACUGGCUUAUUUCACUUAGCAUAAUGUCCUCAAGUUUCAUCCAUGCUGUCACAUAUGGCACUUUUCUUUAGCAAAACAAUUUCCUAAUUUUUUCACCAGCAGUCCAGGGACAUCAAACAAGCUAUAGUCACGCGCCAUGUAACAAUGUUUCGGUCAACGCUGGAUGCACGCACAACCGUGGUAGCAGGCUGUACCAUCUAGGUUUGUGUAGGUACGCUCUGCGAUGUUCACACUGUGACGAUCUCAGAAUGUGUUCCUGUCGUUAAGCGAUGCGACUAUCCUGACCUGCCAGUCUGCUCAUUCCUUCCCCGGGGCAAGAAGGCUGAGCUCAAGGUUCGCAGCUGUCACUUCGACUUGACUAUAACUGGUUUUUAGUGAUGCCCAAGUGAAGUCCAGUUUUUCCUGUCAAGCUCAUAUUUCCUUUGCAAAUCUUGUCCAACUGAGCUGGGGCCCAGAGGCCAGAAUAAGGACACUGAUGUCUAAUUUACAUGUCAAGAGCCAGCAGACAAGCUUGGUUAUUCUCAGAAACAGCAGGACAUUCCACUGACCUCCAUGUGGAGAGGAAGAACAAAAAACGUGGAGUGUGCACAGGCCCAGGUGGGAGGUGCCGUGGGCUGAACCUGCCAUCUCGGGUUCACGGGGAGGCGGUGCCUGGACGUUUGCAGGCGGUGGGACCUCAUCUGCGACGGUAACCUUAUGCUCUCUACAAAGCCACAAGAACUGGAAGGCAGACAUUCACAUCACAUGUGGUGGAGGGAGAUGCAUGAAAAUGAACUUUAUAGCCACUUGAAAAAAAUACAUAUAUAUCACAAUCCUGUUAAGAUAGAUUUCACAUAUCAUAGAAUUCACCCAUUUAAAGUGUACAAUUUAAUGGUUUUUAGUAUAUUCACAUAGUUGUGCAACCAUUCCCACUAACUAAUUUUAGGACAUUUUAUUCCCCCAAAGAACACCCCUGUGCCUGUUAGCAGUCACCCGCCAUUCCUCCCAUAUGUAGCCUCUAGCAACUGCUAAUUUACUUUCCGUCUCUAUGGAUUUGCCUGUUCAGAUCAUUUCAUAUAAACGGCAUCACACAA